AGCAGGCGGUGGGCAAUGUGGAUACGGCAUUGACGAACGCUAAGGAGGCAGCAGAGCUGGCUGGGCAAGCACUGGGGCAUAUCAACCAGGCAAGGCAAUAUGUCAAGAGCAACAGGGCGGAUGAAGCUGAGGAAUAUGCCAAUUAUGCGUUAGAAAAAGCUUCUGAAGCGCAUGAGAAGGCUCGUGUAGCAAGUGCGACAGCCUACAGUGCGAGUACUUAUAUUUUGUCCGCUGGGGAACCCGCCCAAACCGCAUUCGCCAGGAGCCAGGAAGCCCAGACACAGGCAGGGCGGGCAGGGGCCGCUGCGGAGAAGGCGGGGCAGUGCAAGGCGGCCGCAGCGGCUGCAAAGCUGACCGCCGACAUCGCGAAG